GCGCCGCGGCAGGUGUCCUUCGGCUUCACGAAGCGCGGGGGGCGCGGCGACGGCCGUGGCGCUGAGCCCGGGCCAGGUGCCCACUCCAUCACCAACUUUGAGAGGUUCCGCUUUGCCGAGCCGGUGCGGCACAGCUUCGGCGGGGCCCCGCGAGGUCGGCCCAACCCCAUCAGGUCAAGCGGCCCAGGGCCGGGAGCCUACGGGAUUCAGAAGUCCGCAGACGAGGAGGGUCCGGCCGUGACGAUGGUGGGGAAGCACCGAAAGCGAGGCGUGCUGAACCACGGGGACCCAGGACCUGGCGCCUACGAUCCCUCCACGGUGCUCUGCGACGCCUCGGUGCCCUCGAUCGGCUUCGCCACGGCGCUGCGGAAGGACUUCUACCCCAAGGAAGAGCAGAUCCCAGCGCCUGGGACCUAUGAGGUGCAUGGCGCUGAUCCCUUGGCCAGUGAUAACCUGGGCUUCUCGCUGGUCGGCAAGCGGAGGCGCCACGACCUCACGGCGCACCUCUACGCGGGGCCCGGCCCGGGCUUCUACAGCCACGGCUCCAGCUUCGGGUAUCAGACCACCUGGCACGUGCCGAAGUGA